GCCCCGAGCUUCGGACGUCAUUGGUCACAUGAUCAUUGUAGAACGAAUCAAGCACCGACACAGUGAUUCGAAGCAAUGGGUUUCAUUUUUUUGACACACCCCUCGAAGCUUCAGACUCAAGGGUCCCAUCACUCAUAUUAGCCCCUGCUGAACUUGUGGCUCUAUCUGUGUGGAAAAAUGGCACCCAAGCAGACACCGCGAGGAGCAGCCAAAACUAAUACAGAAAGUGAAGCCUGUCCUGAGGGAGAUGCUGUUCAGAUGGAACCUCGGAAAAGAAAGAGAGCAGCACCUGCAGAAAAGCCCCAGGACCAGAAAAAACAGAAAAGUGGCAGGUCAUCAGGCACGACCUUCAGUCACUGGCUGAUGAAGUCCGAACCUGAGAGUCGAAUUGAGAACGGAGUGGACGUGAAGUUUGGAAUCGAGGACCUUAAAGCUCUCCCCAAUCAAACCAGCUGCUGGGAUGGAGUGAGGAAUUAUCAGGCUCGUAACUUCAUGAGGGAUAUGAAAGUGGGCCAGCAGGCUUUCUUCUACCACAGUAACUGUAAAGAGCCUGGCAUUGCUGGUAUAAUAAAGAUUGUGAAGGAGGCCUAUGUUGACCACACACAGUUUGACAAGAAAGGUCUAUAUUACGAUCCCUCCAGCAAACCAGAAAAUCCCAAGUGGAGUAUGGUGGACGUCAAGUUUGAGAGGAUGACCAAACGCUUCAUUCCGCUGGCGGAGUUGAAGAAGUAUCACUUGCAGCACAAGAGCAAUGGUGGCCCACUCAGCAACAUGGCCCAGUUCACCAGGGCUAGGCUUUCAGUUCAACCUUUAACAGCAGAGGAAUUCGACUUUGUCUUGAGUUUGGAAGAUACUGAUGCAAUAUGAAAAAGACUGGGAAUCAAUUUAAAAUGCACUCUGUUCAGUUACAAUACUGUUAAUGCAAGUCUUCUAAGAUUUUACAUGCCUCUCUCUGGAUAUAUAACCAGACACUGAACUAAUCUCUCAAUUGUUGGUACAGUCCAUGGGCAAAUGUAACCACUUAAGAUUGUUAAUAAAAUAAUUUUGGUAUAUUAAACUUUAUAAAGGUU